AGUAUUAAAGACUAAUGUGGUGAAAACUAAAAGUUUCUAUCUGCUGUCAUCAUCGAAAAACUAGGCAACAAAAGUACACUAUAAGGGGUGGUCGCACAAUUUUGACAGCCACUGUAUAUAUAUAUAUUUUCUUUAUUUCAUUUAGAUAUAUCAUGGCAAGUCUUUCUACAGAUUGUUUGAUUGUAUUUAAUGUUAAUUUUAAUGUUCUUAAUCAACCUCGACGUGACUCUGGAACACCUACUGCAAAUGUUUUAAUGAAAAUGUUUUGGUUUUUUUUUCGUAGUGUAAUUGUUUUUUUUUUGUUCUUUUUGACUGUUAAUAUUUUAAUACAUUUUUUUUCCUCUGCGCUUUCAUUUGAGGCUUCUUCUUUCUUAUAGACAUUCCAAAUUCCUUGAAUUUAUAUGGUUCUUUAUAAAACAAAGAUCCAUGGUUUCAUUUUUGUUUUGAAUAGGUGAGAACGGCUGCUACAUGUAGUACUAUUUUUGUGUGUGUUUGAUUUGUUGGGUGGGAAAUAAGAAAGCCCCAGUGAUAUUCAUUUUGUUGUUGUUGUUGAUUGUAUUUAUCUAGGUUAAUUUGUAAUGUGCUUGCUAUAAAAAAAAAGAAAAAGAUGUAAAUCUUUAACAAUAUCACCAUCUUGAAUAUUUCGUUUGUCUAUGCAUUUUUCUUUAUACUUAUGCUUAUAAACCGAGUUCACCGCAUUCCUUUGUUUUUUCUUGUAUUUCUUAAGCUUUAAAAAAAUAAAUAAAUAAAACAAUUCAAUAACUAUUCACAUACUUCGUACAUAAAAUAAAGAAUUAUUUGCAAUAAUCAAAUAGUUAUCUGUAUAAUUAGUUUUAGAUUAUUCUGAUAAAUUGGCAAGUCAAAGAAUGACAGCAACAACUGGUAAAUAGUAAAUUAUUGGAAAGCUUUGGUAUCUACAGAGAAGUGGUAAACCAAUCGUUUCGCCGCAGCAGACUUUUCCCUAACCGAAAACUAGGCUAUUGAUUUAGGAGUUAUGAGAUACGUUAUAUUAGCAAUUUUUUGUAUAGAACUAAAGAUGAGAUUAUUCUCUUCAAAAAUAAAUAUAAGAAUAAAAAGUUUGAGAAUCAAUCUUCAGACUUCGACAAAAAAUGAUAAACCUAUGAAAUAUAUGUUGCUUGUAAGGUGAUCAAAAGAAACAAUACGUACUUGUACCUGGUGGUGCUGGUUUUAUUGGUAGUCAUUGUGUUAUUGAACUGAUUACAGUUGGUUAUACACCAAUUGUAGUAGAUAAUGAAUGUAAUUCAUCAGCAGAAUGUUCAAAACGAGUUGAACAAAUUACUGGAUGUCAAAUAAUUGAUUAUAAAAUUGAUUGUCUUGAUCUUGAAAAUUUACGAAAUAUUUUUAAAAAAUAUUCAAUUUAUGCAAUAAUUAAUUGUGCUGCACUUAAAGCAGUUGAUGAAUCAGUACAAAAACCAAUUUUAUACUAUAAAAAUAAUAUUGGUUGUUUACUUAAUUUACUUACGUGUAUGGAAGAAAUUAAUGUUAAAAAUUUUCUUUUUUCAUCAUCAGCUACUAUCUAUGGUAUACCAAAAUAUUUACCACUUGAUGAAAAACAUCCAUAUACAAUAAUUGCUCAACCUGAAUGGAAUAUCAUUCUUUUACGUUAUUUUAAUCCUGUUGUUGCUAAUAAAACAGGUUAA